AUGGCAGAAGCCAUUCUCUUCGACAUUGCUGCACGAAUCAUUGAGAGCUUGGGCUCCUUGGCUCUCAAAGAGAUCGGACUGUUUUGGGGUGUCACAGAUGAGCUUGAGAAGCUCAAGAACACCGUUUUGACAAUCCAAGCCGUGCUUCUUGAUGCUGAGGAGCAAUGGGCAGUGAACCGUGAAGUUAAAGAUUGGCUUGAAAAGCUUAAGGAUGUCGUUUAUGAUGCAGAAGACUUGCUGGAUGGUUUCUCUACUGACUCUCUGUUGCGAGAGAUGAUGACUCAGGAUAAGAUGGCAAAAAAGGUACGAAUCUUCUUCUCCAAAUCAAACCAGCCUGUCUAUAAUCUGAAAAUGCAUCAUAAGAUUAAGGCGAUUAGACAGAAGUUAGAUGCCAUCGCAAAUGAUAGGAAAUUCCACUUGGAGGAACGCCCUGUGGAGAUAGGAGUCAGGGCUAGGAAGAGGGAUGAUACUCAUUCCUAUGUACCUGCGGCAAAAGUUACUGGUAGAGAAGAUGACAAGAAGGAGAUCAUAGAAAGACUUAUUUCUGAUUUCGAGAAUGUCGGAAUCCUUCCGAUUACUGGCAUAGGAGGCUUAGGAAAGACCACACUAGCUCAAUUCAUCUUUAAUGAUGAGGAAAUAGAUAAACAUUUUCAACUUAAAAUGUGGGCUUGUGUCUCUGAGAGUUUUGAAGUCGAGAAAGUUGUUGGAAAAAUCUUAGAAUCGGUAACAAAAAAGAAGCCAGAGAUUGCGGGAAUGGAUACAUUGGUGCAUAAUCUCCAAAAAGCAAUUGGUGGAAAGAAAUACUUACUUGUGUUGGAUGAUGUUUGGAAUGAGGAUGUUAAAAAAUGGGAUGAUUUGAAAGUACUGUUGGAGGUUGGUGCAAGUGGCAGUAGAAUAUUAAUAACUACACGAAGUGAAAAAGUUGCACAAAUUACCCAAACAAUAUUUGAACCAUAUCCCUUACAGUGUUUAGACGAACGGGAGUCAUGGUGUUUAUUCAAGCAAGUGGCAUUUCAGAAUGGACAAGAGCCUGUUAAUUGUAGAAAAGUGGAAGUUGGAAAGGAGAUUGUAGAAAAGUGUUUAGGCGUCCCUCUUGUCAUCAAAACAAUUGGAAGGUUACUGUCCUUGGAAAAUGAAGCAGGGUGGUUUUCUUUUAAAAACAAUAAACUGCCAAAAAUAAAAGAAAAUGACAUCUUACCAACUCUUAAGCUGAGUUAUGAUCAACUUCCAUCACAUUUGAAACAAUGUUUUGCUUAUUGUAGUAUAUUUCCCAAGGAUUACGUGAUGGAAAAAUCAAGGUUGAUAAAUCUCUGGAUGGCACAGGGUUUUAUCAAGCCGUCCAAUCAAAAUGAAUGUCUUGAAGAUGUUGGUCAUGAGUAUUUCAUGGAUUUACUUUGGAGAUCGUUCUUUCAAGAAGCUGAAAUGGAUGAUUUGGGAAACGUGUUUACGAUUAAAAUGCACGACCUCAUGCAUGAUCUUGCAAUGUCAGAGGCAGGAUCAUUGAUCACCAGAUUAGAAUCUAAGGAAAAAACCAUUGGUGAUCAGAAAACUCGGCACGUAUCAGUUGUCAACAAUAUAGAUUUUUCCUUUGUAAUUCCAACUUCCUCGUCUAAAGCCAGUAGGAUUCGAACACUUAUUACGCCUGGUGAAUUCAAGUAUUUGAAAGAAGUGUCAAGUACAUUUGAAGGAAUCGAGUGUUUGAAAGAAGCGUCAAGUACUUCAUGUGAAGCAAUCUUUUCAAGUUUGAAGUUCUUGCGAGUGCUGGGUUUACAUGGAAGACAGCUUGAUUUAGUACCGAGUUCCAUAUGUAAGUUGAAGCAUUUAAGAGAUCUUGAUCUUUCAUGGAAUCGUAAAAUUGAGAAGCUGCCCGAUUCCAUAACUAGGUUGCAAAAUUUGUAUACACUAAGACUCUCUGGUUGCAAAAGUCUUAAAGAAUUGCCUAGAGGAAUUACGAAAUUAGUCAACCUCAGGCAUCUUUACAAUGAUGGAUGUGAUAGUUUAACUUAUAUGCCACGUGGAUUGGGGGAAUUGAAAAAUCUCCAGACAUUAUGUUUGUUUGUUGUCCACUCUGAUUCGGCCCCAGAGAAUAGGUGUCGGUUAAGCGAGCUAAACAGACUAAAUAGCUUAAGAGGAGAAUUAGUGAUUUCGGGUUUGAGACAUGAUGGGGAUGACUUCGCAUUGGAUUAUAAGGGUUCAAAUCUGAAGGAGAAAGAACAUCUUCAGGUUUUGCAUUUAUAUUGGAGAGAAGAAAAUAUUAACGCACGUGAUGAAAUGGCAUUGGAAGACUUGGAACCUCACCCAAAUCUUAAAAAGCUGUUCAUAUCUCGUUAUGGGGGUGUGAGGACUCCGAUGUGGCUUUUGUCACUCACGAAUCUUGUUGACUUGACUUUAGGCCAUUGUAGGAAAUUGAAAUAUUUGCCACCAUUGAGUCGACUACCCUCUCUUAAGGGUCUUUAUCUAGAUCGCCUUGAUGAAAUAGAGUACGUAUCAGAUUGUAGUGACAACAAUGAGUUAUCUUCUUUUUCUUCAUCAGCAUUCUUUCCAUCUCUCGAGAGUAUUUUCCUCGAUGACUGUCGUAAUCUGAAGGGUUGGUGGAGGAGGAGUGAUUCUUAUAAUGUGGAUGUCAAUACUACUGAUCAUGCUUUACUAUUUCCUCGUCUUUCAAAUUUACAAGUAUAUGAUUGCCCUAUGUUGACUUCAUUCCCAAUGUUUCCACAUCUGGAAGAAGGGUUAUACCUAAGGAAUGCCAGGUGGAAGCCAGUGCAACAAACAAUAACGAAUGCCUCCUCCUCCUCCGCUUCCUCUACACCCAUUGCCUUUUCAUCUCCUCCUCUCUCCAAAUUGAAGCAUAUAUGGCUACAACAAAUUGAGGAUCUAGAAACACUGCCAGUGCAAAACCUCAUAUCUCUCCAGCAUUUGACGAUAGCUGACUGCCAAAGAUUAAAGUCUCUCUCCCAAGGUGUACAAUAUCUCACUGCACUUACCGAUCUGUGGGUUUCCGACUGUCCUGUGCUUGAUCUAGGCAACGAUGAGCACGGGAUGCAAUGGAAGGAGCUUAAAAGCCUAGUCUCUUUGAUUUUUGAUGGGAUUCCGAAACUGGUGUCUCUCCCUUCGGGGCUUCAACAUUUUACCUCUCUACAAGUGCUCCGAAUCUUAGAUUGUCCCGUGCUUGAUCUAGGCAACGAUGAGCACGGUAUGCAAUGGAAAGGGCUUAAAAGCCUCAUCUCUUUGGUGUUUUAUAGGAUUCCGAAAUUGGUGUCUCUCCCUUCGGGGCUUCAACAUGUUACCACUCUACGAGAGCUCGAAAUCUCAUAUUGUUCAAGCUUGAUGGCUAUACCAGAGUGGAUCUGCAAUUGGGCAUCACUUGAGCGGUGCACAAUUUCUGGAUGCUCGGGUUUGACAUCACUGCCUGAAGCAAUGCGUAGGCUAACCUCUUUGAAAUUGUUGAGAAUUCAUGAUUGCCCCAUCUUAUUACGAAGAUGCGAACUUGGAGGUGAGGAUCGGCCCAAGAUUGCUCACAUCCCAAAGCUGGACUUUCGUCUUCCUUAGCUUGGCUGAUCGAGAAACGACUUCGAGUAAAGAAGAAACAGGGGAGAGGGAUUGAGAGUUUGUUAAAAAAAUCUAAUGCACUGCGACUUCUACAAGUAAAUAACUUAGUUACGAUUACCUCGCUUUCUUUAUUGUUUUAUCCUUUACUAUUCAAAUAAGAAAUAUCACCAUAUGCAUGAUUCUUCACAUCCAGGAGAAUAGUAAUGAGGCGGAAGAAGAGCAAAGGGAAGAAAUAUAGGAAGGGGUUGCGGAGGAGAUCCAGGACUGGAAUCCGGGGGCUGCAAAGUUGAGGCUGUGUAAUUUCACGACAACAAUUUCAACAGGGCCUGCAUGUUUCUUAGCGUGGAAAGUGAUGGCAAUUUGAUUUUUCUCAAGACUAUCUCAUAUGUCUAAACUUACAGGGAUGAUUUGGUUUGCAUGUUGGAGCACAUGUAUAUGAAGUUGAUCAUAGCUACAUGAUGGAUGAUGCGGCCAAUUGCGCGCUUUGAACUCCUUUAUUUGUGCAUGCUCUCCAAGAACAUUUUCAAUUAUCUUGCAGCUAGCUGUUGCACAUAAAAUGAGGAUUUUCGGUUUAUGGCAGCUUGUAAAAUAUUUUCUUUCACUUUGAACGGGUUAAUAACUCAUGUUUGCAGUGUGGUAUUGGAGUACCUAUCUAUUAUUGUGUUGUCAUUUGAUAUUAUAGAGGAGGUGUCCAAACUUGAUGUGAAUUUUAUAUAAUUCUAGCAAUUUUAGUAUUAUUUCAUAUUGAAACAUUCAAAUUUUUUUGUCCCACACUUUUUCUCCUUUGCA